GCGGCGGAGCGGAGCCGCCAUCUUGUGCCAGCCCCAGCCCGGGGACCAGCCCGCCCCACCGCCCGGAGACGCCGCCGCCGCCGCCGCCCGGGGUUGUCUUGGCCAGUGCCGCCCGCCCGCCGCCAGCCAUGGGGAACAUCUUCGCCAACCUCUUCAAGGGCCUGUUCGGCAAAAAAGAGAUGCGGAUCCUGAUGGUGGGUCUGGACGCCGCCGGGAAGACCACCAUCCUGUACAAGCUGAAGCUCGGGGAAAUCGUGACCACCAUCCCCACCAUCGGCUUCAACGUGGAAACGGUGGAGUACAAGAACAUCAGCUUCACGGUGUGGGACGUGGGCGGCCAGGACAAGAUCCGGCCGCUCUGGCGACACUACUUCCAGAACACGCAAGGCCUGAUCUUCGUGGUGGACAGUAACGACCGGGAACGCGUCAACGAGGCCCGGGAGGAGCUCAUGAGGAUGCUGGCCGAGGACGAGCUGCGGGACGCCGUCCUACUAGUGUUCGCCAACAAGCAGGACCUGCCCAACGCCAUGAACGCGGCGGAAAUCACGGACAAACUGGGACUGCACUCCCUGCGCCAUCGCAACUGGUACAUCCAGGCCACCUGCGCCACCAGCGGCGACGGGCUCUACGAGGGACUGGACUGGCUGUCCAAUCAGCUCCGGAACCAGAAAUGAGCUGCUCCUCCUCGGCCCCCCCCCUUCCCCUUCCCCUUCCUCCUCCUCCUCCUCCUCUCUUCUCUGCCCGCCGCCACCCCGUCCCCUCUUCCUCCUCCUCUCUCGGCCGCCCUGCCCCGCGCCCCCCUCUGCUGUCCUCUACUGUGGCAGACUGUGCUACUUUGUGGUCUCGAGUGCCGGAAGCCGUCCCUCAUCCCCUCCCGGUCCGGCCGGCCGCCGGCCCCCCAGCCCCCGCCCCGCCGGGGAUCUCUUAUUUAAUGUAAAUAGUUUUCGUUUCCAACGAGGCAGUUUCCGGCACUCCUAUGCAAUCUUACUCGGCUUUUUUUAUUGUAAAAAAAAAAAAAAGAGGAAAAAAAAAAAAAUCAACUCGCCGUUCGUCCCGGGGAGGGGCCCGAGCCGAGCGUCGACGGGGGCGCGAGGGAACGGCCCCCCGGGCCGGGCCGCCGGCCCGCCCGCCGCACCCACCAUGCCCACCGCGCUUGGGGGGGGGGGGAGGGGAGGGGUGGCCCGCUCUGGCUUGGCUUUUAACCUGAACUCUGUAUUUUUUUAAAAAGCUGAAAACAGGAGGACACUUGAAACCCCGCCGGUGGGAGGGGCCGGGGGCUUGCCAACCCCCAACCUUCCGCCCCGACGCGCCCCCGCCGGACCGGGCGGGGUCCCCGGUGGGUCGCGGGUGGCAGGCCGGGGUCCGUGGGAGAAAACAGCCAGCCGCUUCUUCCCCCCCCCCCCGGGGAGCCGGGGACCGACGCUCCCCCCGGCGCCCGCUCCAGAGACCAACUCCAGUCCCGUCCCACGGGAAGCCCAGCCGGGACCAGGGCCCGCUGCCCCCGGGGGAGAAGCGGGCACCGGCCGGCCCGGGGGGCAGACGGGGGGACGUCCCCGUCCCCCUCGCCGACCCCUCCGUGCCCCCCGCAGGCGCCACUCAGAGCGCGGGAGGCGGGCCUGCGUCUACCACGCCCUCUUUCCUUCGGCUUCUUGUGGGGGUCCCCGCCCUCCCCCUCUGCCCCCUGUCCCCCUCCCUCGCGCCCGUCCCCCUCCCCACCUUUUGUAUUUUGAUAAAACACUGAAGAAGCCGGAACCGUCCGACUGAAGUCUCCAGAAUCAGAGCUGGUUGGUUUGGUGUUGUGGAGCCCGCAUCGCUUUCGACUCACGAUUCGUAAUCAACUGUUUUGUAUACUUGUUUUCAGUUUUCAUUUCGACAAACAAGCACUGUAAUUAAAGCUGUUAGAAUAAAACCUCUUAACUAUUC